AUGUCGCAGAAAAUAAGAAUUGAGAGUAGGCCUGAUGAGAAUACCUCUCACUCUGAUCAACGUGAAGAUGGUGAUGAGAAUCUUCUGGCUGCUGGUAAUUCUCGGGGAAAAUCCCUUAAUCAAGGGCAAUGGCCGGGAUACCGGCAGGUAGAAGACAACGAGGUUGGUCAUGAAAAUGCAGUCUUUGGAAACGGAAGCCAAAAAAAUAAUAUGAUCAAGGGUAUAAAUGAACUGGAUCUUACUGACUGUGUACAGUGUACACCAAGUUAUCGUCACCUACCAGAUGAUUAUCCCAUUCCUACUUCAAGCUACAGAAAUCCACUAGGUGAGAAGGUCCUUAAUGAUCACUGGGUAUCUGUCACAUCGGGUAGCGAGGAUUACUCGUUCAAACACAUGCGUAAAAACCAGUAUGAAGAAAGCUUGUUUCGGUGUGAAGAUGACAGGUUUGAGUUGGACAUGUUACUAGAGUCUGUGAAUGCAGCCAUUAAGCGUGUGGAAACUCUUCUGGAGAAGAUCAACAACAACACAGUGUCUACACCAAUUUGUAUCAAAGAACAUUUAUCAGAGCUGAACCUAAGAUGCAUUGAACGGCUGUACGGGGAUUGUGGGCUUGAUGUCAUGGAUAUUUUGAAGAAGAAUUCUCAUAUCGCCUUACCGGUGAUACUAACUCGCUUGAAGCAGAAACAAGAAGAAUGGGCUAGGUGUCGCUUUGAUUUCAGGAAAGUAUGGGCUGAUGUAUAUGCUAAGAAUCAUCACAAAUCACUAGAUCACCGUAGCUUUUAUUUCAAGCAGCAGGACUCCAAGAAUCUGAGCACAAAAGGUUUAGUGGCAGAAAUAAAAGAUAUCAGUGAUAAAAAGCAUAAAGAAGACCCGCUUCAUGCCAUUGCUGUCGGAACUAAGCCCUCUUUCACCCUAGACUUGGAGUUCAGUUAUUCCGAUAUACAAGUUCAUACUGACCUCUAUCAACUGAUCAAGUAUUACUGCGAAGAAAUAUGUGCUACUGAACAGUCGGAUAAAGUAAUGAAGCUGUGGGUAACCUUUUUGGAGCCCAUGUUUGGCGUUCCUUCUAGAUCUCAAACUGUUGAGGUAAUGAUAGAUGUUGCAAAGUCCAAAGACAACCAAGAGCAGCAAGAUGCAUGUGAGGCAGUGAAGGACAACACCUGUGACGUUUCGCUUGUCUCAAACCUUAAACUUCUAACACCUCCAACAGAACCUACCAAAGAAAAGCCAACAGUACAAGCUGUCGCACAAGAAACCAUUCAGCAAGAUAAACUGCAUGUUGGCGCAGCUAUGAAUAUUGAGGUAACUUGGUUGUCUCUCCUUUCUUUUGUCUUUGUAUACACUUUUAGCCAACUAAAUUUAGUCAAAGAUUCUCAUAAAUUCGGAUUGCUGGAUAGCCAGCCUCCCCAACUGGUGUCACCACCCAGAAAGGAUUUGUUAAUGGAGGGCUUAGAGAAUCAUAGCAAGGUUUGUGAUGUAAUAAUGGAAGAGCAGAAGGUUGAGCGAGAAGAGGGUGAAUUAUCUCCCACCGAAAGUUUUGAGCAAGACAACUUUGAGGUUCAUAAAGACAAUGGCGUUGAGUCUGUUCAGAAACUGCCAGACAAUGUAGGAAGUAAUAGAGAGCAAGAGAACAAAGAAGGUGCAGUCUGUACCGAAGCCGGAGCAAAGAGCCAUAUUCCCCCUAAAAAUGAUGAAAAUAAAAUUACUCAAAAGUUGUCAGAGGAGAAUAUUGCCUCAGGAAGCAAGUUUGGUGGCCAAGCUUCUUCCGAUGAAGAGCAUAAAGGAGUUAUGAACUGUGACCGGCUUGAUAAUGUUGCUGAGAGUGAAAACGAGGCUGUAGGGAUGAUUAAUUCUAAUGAGGGUGGAGAUGGCUCCUUUCUCACAUUUUCAGAACGGUAUCUGAAACCUGUAAAGCCUCUUGCAAAGCAUGUGCCUGUGACACUACUACAAGUCAGUGAAAGUAACUCCCCGAAUGAUUCUCGAGUUUUCUAUGGGAAUGAUUCCUUUUAUGUGCUUUUUAGGCUUCAUCAAAUGUUGUACGAGAGAAUACAAUCUGCAAAGACACAUUCAGAGAGGAAAUGGAAAGCUCCAGAUCCAGAUAACACAUCUCCUAAUCCUUAUACCAGGUGGUUCCUGGACGCUCUCUAUAAUUUACUCGACGGCUCGAGUGAUAAUACAAAGUUUGAAGAUGAGUGCCGAGCUAUUAUUGGAGCACAAUCAUAUGUUCUCUUCACAUUAGACAAGCUAGUUCAGAAGUUUGUCAAGCAUCUUCAUGCAGUUGCAGCUGAUGAGACGGACGCCAAGCUACUGCAACUAUACACAUAUGAGAACUACAAAAAACCAGGAAGGUUUUUUGAUAUAGUGUACCAUGAGAAUGCACGAGCCCUUCUCCAUGAGCAGAACAUAUACCGGAUCGAAUAUUCACCAGCAAAAACCCGUCUCGCGAUUCAACUUAUGAACAACGGGAACGAUCAUCACCCUGAAGUUACAGCUGUAGCAGUGGAACCAGGUUUUGCAAACUAUCUGCAGAAUGACUUUCUUUCGCUUGUACCUGAUGAAGAAAAGCCUGGUCUAUUUCUGAAGAGGAACAAGGCAAAAAUGAGUGGUACAGAUGAAUCUUCAGGGUUGUUGCGUGCAAUGGAAGGAUUGAAGAUUAUCAACGAGGUCGAAUGCAAGAUGGCUUGCAGUUCUUCCAAGGUCAAGUAUGAACCAAACACAUCAGAUCUUCUGUAUAGACGCAAGCAGAAGAAACCAAAUUGA